CUCAAUUAACUAAACCCAACUUUUCUUUUAUCCUGCACAUACAUACCAUAUUGUGUAUUAGCCAUGUCUUUGAUAUGGGAAACACUAUUAGUAGUUUGUAUUGUGUAUGCGUUGCAUGAGCUGCUAAAUAUGUGUAAAAGAAAAAAGUUCCCACCAGGUCCAAAGGGGCUUCCCAUUCUAGGACAUCUUCAUUUGUUAGGGAAAAACCCACACCAAGAUUUACAAAAACUAGCCAAGAAACAUGGUCCACUUAUGUUUAUGCGACUAGGACUAGUACCCACAUAUGUUGCCUCGUCUGUUGAUCUAUCUGAGAAAUUUUUCAAGACAUAUGGUCACAUCUUUGCGGAUAGGCCUCAUAAUGAAGCAGCUCAUUAUGUGGCAUAUGGGCAGAAGGAUUUGAUAUUUUCAAAGUAUGGACCAUAUUGGCGCAACCUGCGCAAAUUGACCACUCUGCACCUUUUGACUAAUCAAAAGAUAAAUUCGUUUCAACCCAUGAGAAGGCAACAAGUUGAGCUUAUGAUCGAAUCGCUUAAAAAUGAGGCCCGUGAUCGCCUUGUUGUUGAUCUUAGCGCAAAAGUUGCGACCUUGAGUACUGAUUUGACUUGCUUGAUGGUGUUUGGAAAGAAGUAUAUGGAUGAAGAUUUGGACAAGAGAGGAUUCAAAGCUGUACUUCAAGAGGUUGUGCAUUUAGCCGUAACACCAAAUCUUGGAGAUUUUUUCCCCAUCCUAGGUGUAAUUGAUCUCCAGGGACUCACUCGCCGGCUCAAGGAUCUUUCAAAGGUGUUUGAUGAGUUUCUUGAGAAGAUUAUUGAUGAACAUGUCCAGUCUUAUGACCAAAAGCAAUCCAAAGACUUUGUCGAUAUCUUGUUGGACAUUAUGCAAUCAGGAGAUACAGAGUUUCAGUUUGACCGUAUCCGUAUAAAAGCUCUCCUCUUCGACAUGCUUAUUGCAGCAACUGACACUUCAUCAACAUCAAUAGAUUGGAUACUAACAGAGCUUCUUAGGCACCCUCAUGUGAUGAAGAAACUCCAAAAAGAGUUGGAAAAAGUGGUAGGACUUGAAAGAAUGGUAAAAGAAUCAGACUUGGAGAAUUUGAAGUACUUAGACAUGGUUGUAAAAGAGGGCAUGAGGCUGCAUUCUGUAGUGCCAAUAUCGCAACGUGAGGCCAGGGAAGAUUGUGUAGUCGAUGGCUUCCACAUACGAAAGGGAUCCCGAAUCAUGAUAAAUAACUAUGCAGUUCAGAGGGAUCCAAAUGUUUGGUCCGAGCCUGAGAAGUUUUUGCCGGAGAGGUUUGUUGGGAGCAGUAUAGAUGUUCGUGGACACCACUUCCAACUUUUACCAUUUAGUGCUGGCAGAAGAAGUUGCCCUGCAGUGGAGUUGGGGAUUAUCAUUGUCCGCCUUGCGGUGGCGCAAUUGGUGCAUUGCUUUGAUUGGGAGCUUCCAAUGGAUAUGGAACCUUGUGAUUUGAACAUUGAUGAGCACUUUGGGUUAGUAACAUCGAGAGAAAAGAAUUUAAUGGUUAUCCCUACUUAUAGACUAAACCAACGAUGAAAAGACAAACUUUCAUUUAGAUACCAGGGUUGUACUGUGAAAAUUUCAACCUCAUCUGGGGUUCUAGUUUUAUGAUUGUUGUGUGCUUCACCUACUAUUCCGCAAAUACUACAAUAAUAAUUACUUCUA